UCCUCACAAGUUUACAUAAGACGUGGCCUGAUCAAAAAGGUGUGAUCAAGGAUAUCUACAGAUUCAGUUCUUCAAGGCUCAUUUAUAAACUUCAUCCCUUGCUUCCAUUAAUCUCUUCCAGUAGCUACAGCUUCCUAUUCUCCCCACUAGUAAUAGCAAUGGCUAGGCAGUAUUCAGUAGUACCUAAUGUUGAGCUCCCCAUUGAGCUUGGUUCUUCAGGACUAGCAGCAGAGGAUCCAAUCACUAUUGGUCAGAUGUUUCGAAAGACUAGAGAUGCUUAUCCAGACACCCCAGCUCUUGCCAGUAAAGAAGGAGACGAGUGGAAGAAGAUUAAUUUUAAAGAGUAUUAUACUCUUAGCCUGAGAGCUGCAAAGUCAUUAUUAAAGUUGGGUCUGGAGAAGUUUCACAGUGUUGCUAUAAUUGGAUUCAAUUCCCCUGAAUGGUUUAUCGGUGUCCUGGGAACUAUAUUUGCUGGUGGUCUGGUAUCUGGUAUUUAUGCUACUAACAAUGCUGAGACUUGCCAGUACAUUGCUAAUGAUUCCAAAGCUAAUGUUGUAAUUGUUGAGAAUGACAUGCAACUACAGAAGUUCCUAAAGAUUCGUAAAGAUUUGCCUCAUUUGAAAGCUAUUGUACAGUACAAGGGGAAACUGUCUGACACAUCACUUGAGAAUGUUUAUGAGUGGGAUAGUUUUAUGAAGCUAGGUGAUGAUACUGAUGAUCAAGUCAUUGAGGAUAUGAUAUCAGCACAAAGACCAUCAACUUGUGCUUUUCUUGUCUACACAUCUGGUACCACAGGAGAACCAAAGGGAGUUAUGCUGACCCAUGACAACGUUACGUUUGCUGCUAAAACCAUUGAUGCUACUAUGAAUAUUCUGGGACCAGGUGACUGUGUAGUAUCAUAUCUUCCAUUGAGUCAUAUUGCUGGAUUGUGUGUUGAUCUUUUUGUUCCUAUCAAUAAAGGAUCUACUACUUAUUUUGCUCAACCUGAUGCACUAAAGGGAAGCUUAGCUGUUACUUUGCGUGAAGUACAGCCACAUGCAUUCCUAGGAGUGCCAAGAGUUUGGGAGAAGUUCAUGGAAGCCAUCAAAGGAAUGCUACCUCCUCCAGGCAGUGGGCCCCCACCCACACCUGAGAUGAUGAAAGCUGUUCAAGCUAAAGUUUUAGCUGGAAUUGGUCUUAGCAGGUCAAAAGCUAACAUCACUGCAGCUGCUCCGAUCUCUAUUGAAGUACUUCAGUUCUUCAAUAAAUUGGGAAUACCAAUUUUAGAAGUUUGGGGUAUGAGUGAGCUGACUGGUCCUGGAACAACAACCACACUCAAUGAAUUGAGAACUGGAAGCAUUGGGAAACCUUAUAUUGGGACUGAAGUUAAAAUAGACAAACCAGAUCCAAAGACUGGAGAGGGUGAAAUUUUAAUACGUGGGCGUCACAUUAUGAGAGGCUACUUGAAUAAAUUGGACAAAACUAAAGAAACAAUUGAUAAUGAUGGAUGGGUCCACAGUGGAGACAUUGGAAGAACGGAUGAGGAAGGUUUCUUUUAUAUAACUGGUAGAAUCAAAGAAUUGAUCAUAACUGCUGGAGGGGAGAACAUUGCUCCUGUACCAAUAGAAGACCGCAUUAAAAAGCAUGCACCUUUCAUCAGUAAUGCCGUUCUCAUUGGAGAUAAAAGAAAAUUUAUUUCUUGCCUGAUAACACUAAAGGUUAAUAUUGAUCCUAAUACAGGAGCACCAACUGAUAAAUUACUUGAUGAUGUUGUGAAACAGUUUGUUGGUCUAGGCUCAUCUGCUACUACUGUAUCUCAAGUACUGGAGACAAAAGACAGUGCAGUUUAUUCUGCUAUACAAUCAGCCAUUGAUAAAGCUAAUGAAUCAGCUAUUUCCAGUGCUCAAAAGGUUCAGAAGUUUGUCAUAUUGAAGAAUGAUCUCAGUAUACCAGGAGGAGAGCUUGGACCAACCCUGAAGCUAAAACGUUUCUAUGUCAUGUCCAAGUAUUCUGAAGUGAUCGAUGAUAUGUAUUCUCAAUAAACUUGAGGA